AUGGCCGCCGCAGACGAGGCGCAAAUGCCAUUCAUUCGGAACUUGGCUUCCAGUGAUCGAAAACUCCGAACCGCCUCUCUAGACUCCCUCAAGCUCUUCCUCUCCACCCGCACCUCCCUCUCCACCCAGGACGCCGUCAAGCUAUGGAAGGGCCUCUACUACGCCCUCUGGAUGACCGACCGCCCCGCGCCCCAGCAGCGGCUUGCCAGCGACCUGGCCCGCCUCGUACACUCCCUCCCGCGCGAGGAGUCUAAGACGGCAUGGUUCGUCGGCUUCUGGCAGGUCCUGUCCGAGCGGUGGCCGCACACCGAGGCCCUGCGCAUGGACAAGUUCCUGCUCCUCGUGCGCCGGGCCUUCGCCGUGAUGCUCGAGUGCGCGCGGGAGAGCGGCGCCGUGGUGGACGUGCUGAGGGAGUGGCCCUUUGAGGGGACGGGCGACCUGAGGAAGAUGCCUCUGGGCUUGAGGCUCCACGUCCUCGAUCUGUGGGUUGACGAGCUGGAAAGCACAAAGUGCCUCGAGAACGAGGAGGCCAAGGAUCUUGUGAAGAAGAUUGGGGAUAUGGUCCUGGAGCUGCAGACGUGCCCGGUCAAGGCUGUCCGGGAAAGGGCGAAGGAGAGCUAUCAGGAUGGGAGGCUACCUUGGGCUACCAAGGAUGAGGAUAUGAGCGAUGCAGAGGAGGCGGAUGACGACGACGAGGAAUGGGGAGGAAUUGAGGAGUAA